GCACUUGGGCUGCAAGAGAGAGAAAUUACUCAAACCACCAUGCCAUCAUCCUCCCGUCGGCUUCAAUGGGCAGAGGAUUAUGACCUUCCCAGUCGCUCAUCUAUCGAUUCAUUUACCUCGGUAUCGGAUUGGGAACAGGCUGGUCUGGUCCUGCCCACUAAGAAAUACUCGCAUUCCUCACCGUCCCUCUGCCGUAGGCUUUCCACAUUCUGCCCGCGACGUCGGUUUAUAGCACCUCGCGGAGCCUUGAUUUGGCGACUUUGUCGGCUCGGCUUGGGGGUUCUGAUCGCGUUAAUCGGCUGCACUGCGAUCUUCUUUCCGUCGUAUACGCGACUUCCGCCACGAUAUCGGUCGGUUGUAGAACAAGUCACUCAAUCGAAUCAGCAUGGUCGGGGCAAUCCGCGCAAUGAAAGCAUCUUCAUUGCUGCCAUACUUUACGACCCCGAGGGCAUGCUCGCAGAAGGCAGAUGGGGCGCAUCGCUUCUGAAACUGAUCGAUCUACUCGGCGAAAGCAACGUCUUUGUCAGUAUCUACGAGAACGAUAGCGGAGAGAAAGGCGAGCGGGCGCUGAAUCGUCUGGAGGACCGAGUUGGGUGCAACAAGUCGAUUCAGUCCGACCGCUACCUUGACCUGACCACCUUUCCCAGGGUAACAGUUCCGGGAGGUGCUCAUCGCAUCAAGCGAACGGAGUACUUGGCCGAAUUGCGGAACCGUGCCCUACGCCCGCUAGACAGUCCAUCAGCCAUGACCUAUGAUCGGAUUCUCUACCUGAACGACGUUGUCUUUGACCCGGUGGACGCGGUGCAGCUCCUCUUCUCCACCAGGGCGAACCAGAACGGUGUGGCUCAGUAUCGCGCCGCCUGUGCGGUGGACUUCAUCAACCCCUUCAAAUUCUAUGACACGUAUGCCACACGGGACCUCCAUGGCUACGACAUCGGCCUGCAGUUUUACCCCUGGUUCAGUACGGCGGGCCCAGGCCUCAGUCGCCAGGACGUGCUGGCCCAGAAAGAUGCGGUUCGCGUGCGCAGCUGCUGGGGUGGCAUGGUUGCGUUCAAUGCGACCUAUUUCCAGCGACCCGAUCGCCCCGUGCGGUUUCGUGCCGAUGGCAACUUGUUCUAUGACGGAUCCGAAUGCUGUAUCAUCCAUGCCGAUCUGCAGGAUACUCCGUCGCAUGUGGACGAGAUCAGUGACUCGGGGAUUUACAUGAACCCGUACGUGCGCACCGCGUAUACCGAGCGUAGCUAUCGGUGGUUGCGCACCACUCGACGCUUCGAACGGCUUUAUCCUUGGGUUCAUGGCAUUGCGACUCGUGUGGCCGGGUUCCCCCGAUUCAAUCCGCGGAGGACUCAAAUAGCUGGGGAAGUUGUGAACGAGAGAGCUUGGGUGCCGGACGAGAAUCAUCCCAACGGGGGCUUAUUUCAGGUUGUGGAGAAGGUGACCGAUAACAAUGGGUUCUGUGGCGAUGGCUUUGGUCGCAGGCGUGGGCUGCAAGUCAUCCGUGAAACUCGGCAGCCUGGUGAGGACGGCUGGGAAGAGAUACCAGUACCUGCUUCGUGACUUUUGCCUUCUUAUUAUUUCAGCUUAAAUUGCCCCACUAUCCAAUCAAUACCCCUCUGUACUGUACAUGCACGCGCGAAAGCAAUCAACCCCGACAAGUUGG